GAUCUUUUUUUUUUUGCGAGAGAGGGAGAGGGUUUUAAGCAUCGCGCACUGCCACAGCCUGCCCCCAGCUCAGCUCAGCGCAAACGUCUCUCAUCCCUCUCCUUUAAAUGCCACUGCCCUCACUUCAUUCCUCCUCUCUCGCGUAGCCUAGCGCGUCCUCGCUCGCUCUCGCGCGCCCAGAUCUAGCAGCAAUCCACUCCACUCCCUCCAUCCGGCAAUCCACCGCGCCCUCUCGGUAGAAUCUUGCAUUGGGUCUCGUGGGCAGCCUCGCAUUCGCCCAGAUCGAUCCUACAUUCUCUAGAUUUCUUGCAAUGGCUUUCGGGAGGAGACCACAGCUCUUGGCGCUGGCCCUUUUGGCGCUGAUCCACACCUGCAUUUGCGAGGAGGAGUUCGUGGUUCAUCCAGGCAAGGGACUAAACAUCAUCCUGGCGACUCCGGCGGGAGCUCCCUCUGGAAGCGCGGCAGGGCCAGCAGCGACCGUACCACCGCCACCAACCGUACCGGCCCCGGUUGCGGCUCCUCCUCCGUCCGUCCCUCCUCCAGUUGUGGCGCCCGCGACCCCACCGACGGUACCGCCCCCAGUUGCGACUCCACCACCGGCACCAGUUCCAGUUGCCACUCCGCCCCCGGCUGCGGCGCCCGCCCCAGUUGUGCUGACCCCACCCACGGCUGCACCGACCCCAGUUGUGGCAGCGCCUACCCCGGUUCUGACGCCCCCGGCUGCGACUCCAGUUGUUACCCCGACCGCCUCACCGGCAGCUUCCCCACCUGCGCCUCCAACCGGUUCCAGCCCCGCUAGCGCUCCAGGCGCGUCCGACCUCGCUCCUCAAUCUCCAUCGUCCGCAAUCUCAAUCGUCGCAUCCGCAGCGUCCGUUCUCGUGGCCUCUUCCCUCGCGGCGGCGCUUCUAUUCUAGAGCGUAGGGGGGUCUACGUAUCAUUUGGAGGGAUUGGAUUUUUUUUUCUUUCAUUGGGGAAGCACACACUACACGCACCACCACCUUUCACACGGCUCAUUGGUUUUGAUUUGAGUGUUUUGAUCCCCCUAUAAGCUAUCUAGGAAGGAAUUGGAUGUAGAAGAGUCAUUCUAGAGAUAUAGAGAGAGCCCCACUUGUUUUGUCCCUUGGCUGGACCUUUAGAUCAUAAUUUAUUUCAUGGAUUCUUUUUC